AUGAUCAGCAAGAUCAUUGAGCAUCCUUUCAGCGACUUGGUAAAAGUCCGACUACAGACGCAGCCACAUGAUGCGCCGCAUUAUACUGGCGCGCUCGAUUGCUUCCAAAAGACCAUUCGAUACGAAGGCGUCCGCGGUCUCUUUCGGGGUGUGUCCAUGCCUCUCUGGGGUGCGACACUAGAAGAUGCCGCGCUCUUUCUCACAUACAACCAAGUGCAAAGUGCCCUUUGCUGGGCGCAUGGCUACCGCGAUGCGUCCUCCCUUGCCAUGUCUGACUUGGCUAUUGCGGCAGCGGCGUCAGGAGCCAUGGCUGGGCUGGUGCUCACGCCUGUGGAACUCAUCAAGUGUAAAAUGCAAGUGCAGCGUAUGGGCGCUUCGUCGACCCUGCCUCCUCCCAAUGCUACCACACUAAUCUCUGAGACUGUACGACAAUCUGGUGUGCUUGGCCUAUGGCAUGGUUUGUCUGGUACGCUGUUACGAGAGGUUGGUGGUGGUGUGGCUUGGUUCUUGACGUUUGAAGUGGCUACGCGCAAAUUUCUACAAUGGCGCCAGCAAUCUACGCCUGACAAGCUACUGACCAAAUCGGACCUUGGAAGCCUUGAGUUGGCUACAAGCGGUGCCAUGGCUGGUGUUCUGUACAACGUAAGCCUUUUCCCAGCGGACAGUGUCAAGUCUACUAUGCAGACGGAGCAGGAGCUCUUAGCACAUGCCGGCAAGGCCCCAUCAACCCCAUCAGGUUUCUGGACUACAUUCCGACGCAUCUAUGCUACGCGUGGCCUACGCGGUCUCUACGCAGGUGUGGGUGUCACAUGUUUACGGAGUGCUCCGAGCAGUGAACAAGCCGCGGAGGCUUACGGUUUAUGA